AGAGAGAGAGAGAUGCACAAUAAUAUGGGUUGCCUAACUCAUAAGGUUCUUGUGUUGAUAAUUGCUUCAGCAUUGGGGGCAUCGUCACUGGCGGCAACCACCGUACCGGAGCAGCAGAAAGCGGACAGGGUGGGGCGGCUGCCGGGGCAACCACCGGUCGGUUUCAAGCAAUACGCCGGUUACGUCACUGUUAACGUCACUCAUGGAAGAGCACUCUUCUAUUGGUUCUUUGAAGCCACCACCAAUCCUCACCAGAAACCUCUCCUCUUGUGGCUUAAUGGAGGUCCGGGAUGCUCGUCAAUAGGAUACGGGCAAUCGGAAGAGUUGGGACCUUUCUUUCCUCAAAAGGGAAAACAACCAAAACUUAAAUUUAACAGCAACAGUUGGAACAAAGCGGCCAACUUACUAUUUAUAGAAUCCCCCGUUGGUGUUGGAUUUUCGUACACAAACACAACUAGUGAUAUUGGUGAACUCGGUGACACUAUCACAGCCCUGGAUUCAUAUAACUUUUUGUUGGGCUGGUUUGAAAGAUUUCCACAGUUCAAAUCCCAUGACUUCUUCAUUGCUGGCGAAAGUUAUGCAGGGCACUAUGUGCCUCAGCUAGCGGAACUUGUUGUAGACAAAAACAAGAAUGCAACCAAAGAUGAUUAUAUCAAUAUCAAGGGCAUUAUGAUAGGAAACGCGGUUUUGGACGACGAGACGGACUUCAAAGGGCUGAUCGACUACGCAUGGGACCACGCAGUUAUAUCGGAUGCAUUGUACAGCCAAAUACAGAAAACAUGCAAUUUCAGCACCCCUAAUUUCAAUUUCACCAAAGAAUGCGACGACGCUCUCGACGAAUAUUUCAGCGUUUAUUACAUCAUCGACAUGUAUAGUUUGUACGCUCCUACUUGCGUCGUCGAUGCAAAUACAAAUUCCACAACAAAACCACGCGUUCCAAGGCUUCUAAAGUCGAAAAUCGCGAGUCACGGAAGGCGGAUGAGGAGGCCGUUAUCGGGAUACGAUCCUUGUUUAUCGGAAUAUACCGAGUUGUAUUUAAAUAGGGCUGAUGUUCAAAAAGCACUUCAUGCUAAUGUUACGAAAAUCCCUUACCCGUGGGCGCAUUGCAGUGACAAUAUCACUUUCUGGAAUGACGCACCGAUGUCCGUACUCCCGAUAAUCAAAAAACUUAUUGCUGCGGAUCAACGAGUUUGGAUUUUCAGUGGAGAUACAGAUGGUAGAGUUCCAGUAACAGGAACAAGAUACUCUCUGCAGAAGUUGGGAUUAACUAUAAAAAAUGAUUGGACUCCUUGGUACACUUACAACAAACAGGUUCGUAUUUAGCACCGCUAAUUUGAGAAAAUUAUAUUUUUCACCCCUCAAAUUUACCUCAAUUCCACAUUUAGUCCCUCUUGUUCAUAAGAAACAGAUUCAGUCGUCCUCCUGUUUCAAUAAUUUAAUAUUUAUGGUCAUUUUCGUCAAUUUACCGUGAGUCCGUCAGUCUACAUGAUUUCGUAAUUAAAUAUUUAUGGUCAUUUUCGUCGAUUUACCUUGAUUUCAUAAAGUACUAAAGGAAAAUUAACGAAAAUGACCAAAAAUCUUAA